AUGGCUGUGCGCGUCGGCGCGACAGUGGCAACCCCGUUGGCGCAGAAACUUCACCCCUCGGGACCUGCGGGACGAUUUUCGCAAUCAAAAGGAUCAUUCUCCAAUACAAGUCCAGGUGUUGGGCACAACAUCGAAUCAGGGAAGGAUUUCACGGUAGACGGACUUUCAGGUUUCAGUAAGAAAAAGAAGAAAAAACGUCGUCAUAGGACGAUCUUCACGUCACAGCAGCUGGAGGCGCUGGAGGCAGCCUUCAAGGAAGCCCACUAUCCUGAUGUCUAUGCUCGUGAGAUGUUAAGCUUGAGAACUGAUCUACCCGAAGACAGGAUACAGGUAUGGUUUCAAAAUCGGAGAGCAAAGUGGCGUAAGACAGAGAAAUGUUGGGGCAGAAGUACCAUAAUGGCAGAAUAUGGCUUAUAUGGAGCAAUGGUCCGGCAUUCCUUACCACUUCCGGAAACGAUUUUAAGAAGUGCCAAGGAAAACGAAUCUGUUGCACCCUGGCUGUUAGCUCAAUCAUCUAAGACAAGCAGCUUUAAUCAAGAUUUCGAAUAUAAUCAAGAACUGAUUGACUGUGGACCUGUAGGGAUGCAUCGGAAAUCGCUCGAGGCAGCAGAGCAUCUCAAAUCCGGUGGAGAGGACAGCGGCAACGAUCAAAACGGAAGCGGAAGCAGUCCACAUCAUAAUCAUCACCAAGGAGGACCAACCAGUUCGGAGAGCGGACAGGAGAGUCAGGAUGGUAUGGGCCCUUCGUCAUCUACGAGUGUCGUACAAGAUACGGAACAACUCAGAAAUGAGAGUAUUGCUUGCUUAAGGGCGAAAGCACAGCAACAUCAAUUGCAAUUGAGUCUACAACCAACAUCGACGCCGCCAAGCGGGUCGUACCCGUCUGCACCACAGUCCAGCACGCUGCAUACUUCGGUUUAAUCGUAAAAAUACAGACUCUCUUCCUGACAGUUCCGUGUUCAAUAUUUUUGCUGUUGAUGCGGAAGCAAGUAUCCUGCCUAGCGAAUCUAUCGUAGAUGAUCGGCAGCACCGAUUUCAAAAUCAAUGAUAUUUUUUUAAUGUAUAUCUCGAUGAGAAUUGAUCCUUUCCAAAUAUAAGGAUCUCUUCAAGGAUCACUUCUAUGAUUAAUCUCGCAGAUAUCACUGCAGCGACGACGGGCGAAUUCUUCGCGACGAAGAAGGAACAUAGAUUAUUCCGAAAUGAUUUCAAUGUACUACGUUCCUCGCGUCGUUUUCAAGCGCAGCUCUGUAAAUUUUUAUGACUGAAAUUGUCCACAAUGCAGUGUUAAUCAUAAAGUUCGAGAAGACUCUCUAUAUACAUAUAUACAUAUGUAUGUAUGUAUGUAUGUAUGUAUAUAUAUUACAACGAAGCAUGGCGAACCAACAGAUUAGCGCCUGAUUUGCGUUAUACAAGUCUGCAUGUCUUAUGCAGUAAAGGAGCAGGCCUAUAGAUUGACACAGAUUCACAUAAAUUCUUUGCAACGAGUUGACGUACAAUGAUGCAAGACGCUUUAGCGGUGUCCCCAUGUUGCGUUUCGACAAAAUGAAAUGCUGCCCGAGAAUACCGCGAAAUGAACAAUGAAAUUAAUUAUUAAGCUUAAUUCUCAUCAACGAAAUAAUAGCCUACUGAUGAUCUAUAUAACAUAUAGUAAAAGAUCAUCAAUCAGGGAAUCCUGUCGUUGACGCAAGAGUAAAUUUUCAAGGGAAAAUUUUUCCGAUAAGAAAGUUGAUAAUGGAUGAAGUUUGAUUAUUCAAUCUGAUCGAUAAUUCGAAUUGAUCGGCAGAUCAAGAGCAAACGAAACUACCUAAUUAGAAUAUAAUUGCUUUUAAUAGCGCGACUGUCUGUAAGCACGUAUUUUGUGUGUGAGUGCGUGCAUGCCUACGUUGUGUUUGUAUGUUGCGUGUGCAUGCGUAAAUGCGUGCACAUUUACAUAUAUACGUGUGUAUAGUGAAGAAAAUAGAAUAAAUCGUGAUAAAAAAAUUUGAAGAUAUUGAUCUUCAGAAUAUCAAUCUGCAACGAAUGUUGAGCAACGCGAAGAAUAAAAGAAAUAGGAAAAAGAAAUAGGGAUUGUGAAAUGCUCUUAGCAAGAUUACAGAAUAUAUAAAUACACAUCGACGAGAAACAAGAACUCGGAAAUCUCUAUGAUAUAUAUAUAUAUA